GUGAGGCCAUGCAUCGAGCAACAUAGCCCGUAGCACGCCGCGACAUCUACGCGCCACUCCAUUUUUCCUUCUCAUUGGCCGCGCCCGUACCACUCGAGUUCAGUCUCGUUUCUCGUGCCUCUAGUGCGAUCAAGAUUUUCGACGCAGCUUGUCGAUCGCCAUUCCCCACCCUCUCUUGUUGACGUCCUGUCCUCACUCUCCGCACUCAGUGCACUCAUUCACCGAUCGUUUGCCGGUACGGUCUCAAAAGCUUGCAACUCCUUCGCACUAUAGCGGCAUAACCUCUCUCUUUUUGUCCAAUCUCCUCACACCCACCAUGGCGCUGUCUCCGUUCUUCUCCCGAGACUCGAGCUUGUCGGCGACGCCGAACUUCACCUGGAAGAUCAUCUUGCCCGGAGAUGAGAUGUUGCGAAUGCUAGAUGAGCCCAGCCGCACGUUCAUGAAAGAAUCGCAUGCCAUGGCCAACACCGCGGUGGACGUGAAGGAGACGCCGACGGCAUAUCAGUUCGUGGCGGACUUGCCGGGACUUAGUCGCGAGGAGGUGAAGGUGCAGCUGGAGAACGGCAACACGCUGGUCAUCAGCGGCGAGCGCCAUCGCGAGACCAAGACCGGAGAGGCUGCUGGCGACAAGUACCACCGCAUCGAACGCAGCACGGGCAAGUUCAUGCGCCGGUUCACACUGCCUGACAACGCGGAACUCGACAAAAUUGGCGCGCAGUGCAAAGAUGGCGUACUCACCGUGACGGUGCCCAAGAUGCCGCCGAAGGAACCAGAGAAGCCCAAAGUCGUCGACGUCCAGAUCAACUAGACGAUGGAUGUCUGCUGUCACAGUGGCGUAUAAUAAUACGGAGGUGUGGAAUGGUGGUGCGGUGGGGACGUCCACCGAUGUCAUCGGAAGGAAUCGAACUCCAGGGAGAAAUCGACAGUACAUGAUUACCGAUUCCAGGGAUCCACUGACCAUCCACCAUUGCUCCCUGCGGUUUCGACACACACACACACACACACACACACACACACACGGAGAGAGAGAGAGAGAGAGAGAGAGAGAGAGAGAAAGAGAGAGAGCAGUACGACGUCCGGUGCGCCGGGGGAUAGUUGUUGAAAUUGGAAGGCGCAAAUUCUCUUGUGAUCAUUGAUUAGGGUGAGCAAAAGAGAAUGAGAAAUGAGGGCAAAUGGGCCCUAGGCCCGGGAAUAAGUCACUCGUGUGGCAAGAUCGGAGGGAGGCAAUCGUUCUUCUGAAAUUUGGCGUCGCUGCUCUCCUCCAGUUGUGCGCUGAUUCGAGGGCAGGGGCUGUGCCGCAGGAUGCAAUCUCUCGGUCAUUAGAAUUUAGAAGCCGAUGCGGGAAAAUC